GUUAUCAUGGAACGACGAGAGACUUGAAUCUGAGCCUGCUGAACCUCGUCCUUCCUCGUUUAGAUCUUCCCCCGUCUCCCCAAUCGUUCCCCCAUACAUCCCUCUCGCUGUCUCAUAGCCCCAACUACGCCAAAAGGGUCUCAUGACCAAUUUUUGCUUGCGGUGAUCCACGUCCCGUCAGUCCAUGCUGUCCAGUAUCGCUCAGCUUGAUUCACUCGAAGCAAAUCCCAUCAAAUCUCAUCAAAUCCCCUCUCGAGAAACUCGGUCACACCGCCUGGCCCUGCGGCACCCGCCCACGGCCACGACGCACGACGUACCGCAUCCCGCCCGUCAGCUUCCGACUUCCCCGCGAUUGAUCCAAUUCUGUGCCAAUUCGGUCCCUUGAAGUCUCAAUACCUUACGAACAACCCAAAAUAAGCCUAAGCCUAACGACUAGAGGGAGGAAUUUCUUUUCCUCCCCCGUCACCCCACGCCAAAACAAUGGGUAAUAACCCUUCCUCAACCUCGAAGCCGCCCACCCCCACUACAGCUUCGUCGCACGACUCCCCGCGAUCUUCCAAGAAGGAACCCAAGAACCUGGUAUCAAUACACAACCAACAGAUCAGGUCACCAGCUUCUCCCGAGGCUUCGACCAUCCAGGCAACCGGUACAUCUAUCAUUAACAAGACCUCCCAGUCGAGGCCGCUUUCCAUCCUCAACUCUUCCUCACCCUCCACUAGCUCUAACAACUCUUCUGCAAUUCCUAAAGCUCCCGAACCAAAGCCGAGGCCCGCCGGAUUCAAGGAUGAACACUCCAAACCUGUAGCAGUUCCCUUCUCCUAUUCCCACUCGGAACAGGACUCCUCAUACGCCCACGACUCCCAGUACGAGGAGAGUCUCAUAUCAGGCCCCACCUCUAGCAGCAUUCAAGAUAUGUCGUAUCAUACCAAUCGUCCACCGAGGUUGCCGCUUCCAAUUGAAGAAGAAAUCCAUACUCCUGGAUCGCCCAUUGUUGGCCCAAGUGACGCUGACGUCAAAUCUGUCGAUGAUGUACCGGUUCUUGACGAAACGAGUAGUAUACCACGACGUGCUUCGGGACUUAGCAAUGCUACUGAUGAAGAUGAUACUGAAGAACUUCGAGUUGACAAGACACGACCGACUAUACCAACCACUAUAGAGUGGUCGCGGGGUGGCCAGAAGGUUUACGUCACAGGAACACCGUUUCAGUGGAGUCGAAAGCAGCGUUUACUUCCAGCCAAGGAUAAGGAGGGCGUGUUGCGGACGAUAAUACCCGUUUUUCCAGGCACGCAUCACAUAAAAUUCUUGGUCGACGGGAAUAUGCAGACCUCGCCGGACUUACCCACCACCGUGGAUUUUGGAAACAACCUUGUUAACUACAUCGAGGUAAGUGGUGAGGACGCGGGCUCGAGGAAUGUACCUCUGGAUGCGGGCGUGCCCAAAUCCAACGAAGCCGCCCUGUCUCUUCCGUCGAGACAACCUUCCCACGAUGGCUCAGUCAAGGGUCCACAACCGAAAGUGAUAGAUCCAGUCGAGAGAUUCUCCUCGAAAAUCCCUCAGUAUCUAGAUGAUUUCGAUCAGCCUGAGGAGUCCUCGGCAUAUAGACUUUCCGCGAUGGCCUUGGAACGACUUCCGCCACCACCCAGUCUACCUGGUUUCUUAAGUAAACCGAUUAUGAAUAACAAUACGCUCAUCAAGGACGACAAUAGUGUACUGAACAUGCCGAAUCACACCAUACUAAACCAUCUAGCUACCUGUAGUAUCAAGAACAACGUUCUUGCCGUAUCGGCUACUACUCGAUAUCAGAGCAAGUAUGUAACAACAAUUAUUUACAAGGCGACGAAGAACGAGUAACGCUCUGCUCUCAGAGAAACGAACUGCGUCGAGUGUCCACGGGUGAUACUAUUUCGCAUUAUACAGGAGUUUAUCUUGAGAGGGUGAUACCUCUCGUGUGCUUGCUAUUAGGCUAAGGAAAAGGUCAUAUCUACAUACCUCGAACGGGACUGCGGUUUUUCUUGGAAUCUUGUACUGGCUAGUGCCAUGUAUUUCACAUUGUUUCGAGGGCAGAUUAUUCAAGAUCAAUUUUGGUUAUAGGUUGCUGGUGGAAGGCUCAACGCGCAAUGGCCCGCGCUAUGGAAAACCGGUUGUGACGAGAACAAUACGAUGACACGAAAUCAUAGAAGGAUGUAUACGAGGCAGGCCCAAAACCGCGCAAGCAAGGGAUAUAAAGUCUAUUUAGACGAUGUUCACAGCGAAUCGAAAGAGUCAUUGUAAUCACAGCUGAGCAUGUUGA